AUGCUUAGAAACAACGGCUCUGUUGCGAAUAUUUAGUAAACGUAAUCUACGACUUCGUUGCUAUAAGCAUUGGUCAACUCAAGACCUAAAUCGUCUUAAAAACGAAUCCCGUCUGCCAAAAAUACGAUAGUGUAAUAAAAAAAUAUCCAACGAUGUGAUCCUAAAUUGUCAUUGCCAGAACCUCCAAAAUCAACUCGCACUCUUGACAGCGAUAAAAAAUAAUUACCACAGCAAUAAAAGAAACUUACACUAAUACAAAGAACCAUGUAAAAUAAACUCCAAGAACGCUAACGAAUCAAUAGUUCAGGAUAAAAAGAAGUCCAAAAAGAAAAAGAAGAGUCGCAGCAAACUAUUCCUGACAUUGAAAUUCCCAAAUAAGUGACUAUAUUUGCACUCUCAGAACAAGAUUAAAAUACUUCUGAGCCAAAAACUUCAACCCCAUUGAUCUCUCCUCCAAUAUCUGCUGCUCCCUUAUCAAAAUAUGUCAUGCGUCUCUCCAAGGGUGCUAAUAUCAUACCUAAAAAAUAGUCGGAUCGGAAAAGGAUGAACAGUCCGAUCAGAAGAGCUACCAAAGAAAAUAUUUAUACUCCUACUCCGACUAUGAGCAGAGAAACAAAAUUGAAAAUGAGGAGUGUCUCUCCAGAUAGGAGAUUAAUGCCUAAACAAAGCUUAGGACCUCAAUCACCUUACAAUGACUUUGAAUACUACAUGAGCUUCUUAAGAUAUUUUAAUAACAAAUAAUCGAAGAAUGAAAUCAAAUAAUUAUUUAACCCAAAAACAAAUUAAUACUUUUUGGACAUUUACUAAGAUCAUUUUUAACAAAGCUAUCAUGCACUUCAAUAUUGCAAAGAUAUUGUUAAGCCCUCUUUAAAUGCUAUUGCUAAUAAAAUUGCCAAUUUACCAGAUAAUAAAUUCAAAAAAACUAUCGUUUUUGAUUUAGAUGAAACUUUAAUUCAUUGCUAAGAAUCUAACGAUGAUCCCUCAGAUAUAGUGUUAACCAUUAAAUUUCCCACAGGAGAAACUGUCCAAGCGGGAAUCAAUCUCAGACCAUAUUGUAGGGAAAUGUUGGCCAUACUGAGUCAAAAGUAUGAAAUUAUAGUAUUUACUGCCUCGCAUGAAUGUUAUGCUCAGAAAGUCAUCAAUUACAUAGAUCCAGACAAAAAAUGGAUUCAUCAUAGAUUUUUUAGGGAGAGCUGUGUUGUUGUAGAUGAUGGUCUCCAUAUCAAGGAUUUAAGAGUGUUGGGAAAUAGAAAUCUCAAAGAUCUUGUCUUAGUUGACAAUGCUUCCUAUUCUUUUUGUUUUUAAAUAGAAAAUGGUAUUCCUAUCAUUCCUUUUUAUGAUAAUAGUUCAGAUAGGGAAUUGCAAUAUCUGACUACUUACUUGCUUGAUUUGAUGUAGGAUUAGGACAUCCCCUCAAAGAAUUUAUCAAAAUUCAAAACCAAUUUAUAUUAGGAAUUAACGAUUGAGCAUCUAUUAAAUACUAUUUGA